GCCUAUACCGUGGAGAAGGUGGAUGUGCAUCCUCUGCUCUGCUUCAAGUUCUCCUACGGCAACAGCAGCCACGUGGAGUGCCCGCACCGGCCAGACACCGCCUGGAACGUGUCCGUGAGCGUCCGGUUCCUGCAGCUUCUCCUGCGUGUGACCUCCACUGUCCCGGCAUCCUUCAGCGCAGCCCUGUGCCGGCAGCAGGGGAGCCGGUGUGAGCCAGAGGCGCCCGUCUACACCGUCACAAGUCCAGAGAGCUUCGGCCCCAGGGAGCUGACCCUGCUGCUGCCGCUGCAACUCCUGGGCGGCUGUGUGCUGGUGUGGCGCUCCGACGUGCAGUUUGCCCGGAAGCAGCUCCUGUGCCCAGAUGUUGCUCGCAAGCGCUUUGGGCUGCUCGUCCUGGGGCUGGCCCUGGCCCUGGGGCUUCUGGGGACUGUCCUGCUGCUGAACUACAGGAGCCUCCGGAAACUCACCACAGCGCCGCGGGGCCGUCGGCCCGUCCUGCUGAUCUAUUCCCCCGACUCCGAGGAGCACAAGGUUCUGGUCUGCACCUUGGCGGACGUGCUGUGCUCGGCGCUGGGCUGCGACGUGCGGCUGGACCUGUGGGAGGCGGGCAGCGUGGGGCGGCUGGGGGCACUGCCCUGGCUCUAUGUGCAGCGGGAGCUGGUGGCCCGGGAGCAGGGCACCGUGCUGCUCCUGUGGAGUCAGGGCAGCGCCCGGCUCUACCAGCUGUGGCUGGGGGCGGCCGCAGGCAGCAGCGGCUCUCCGGACCCCCACGAUCUGUUCGGCGCAGCCAUGUCCUGUCUACAGAGCGAGCUGCAGGUGGGCGGGGGGGCAGGGCAGCUGGGCGACUGGGCGCUGGCCUACUUUGGCGAGCUGUGCAGCCGGCGAGAUGUGCCGCCUGCCCUGUGCCUGCUGCCCUGUUACCGCCUGCCGCGGGAGCUGCCUGGCCUGGCCCACUUGCUGCAGGGCAGCGCCCGGCCCCCCGCCUGGCUGCGCCCCAGCACGCUGCUGCACAGGCUGCUCAUGUCGGAGAAGAGAAAGUGCCUGCAAGGCAGGGUGGAGCUGUGCCGGAUGCAGCAGCCCGAGCGGGCGCCCCUGGCCAGGCUGGCAGCCCACCAGGUGGGGUCUGUGGGGCCCAGCCCCCGCGCCCCUCCAGCCAGGCCGACCUCGCAGAGACCCAGCUGCACCUGAGCAUGCUGCAGCGGGCCACGUGCCAAGGACCUGGGCCGGGGAAGGGCUCAGCGUGCUGUAGUUGGGAUGAUUGGGAGGGUCCCUGGAGAUGCCAGAGAGGGGCUGGUGGGGACAUGGCUGGGCUCCAGGGUGCCACAUCCAUUCCCAAGACCAAACGUGUCUGCAAGAGGCUGGCAGCCCCCGGACCCAGGAGAACCCAGGUGUCCUGACAAGGGGCAGCCUGUGAGCCUGGGUUUGCUUGGGGCUGGAAACUGCCUGGUGCAGGGUCUGUCAGGGGCAAUGGGGCUUGGACACUUGCCCUCUUGCAGCCAGCUCUUGGGCAGGACCUGCCUCCUCCUCUGGUGACCACUGUGGGGUCUGUUGCCAUGGCCACGAGUGUGGAGAGACUAUAUGGCCCUGAGGGGGAGGGGCAGGGCCUGGGUGGAGAGGGCAGAUCUG